AUGGGAACUCAACAGCUAGAUCCCCUUACGCCAAGGGAGUUGUGUCAAAUGGCUUCGAAAUGUAUGCUAUUCGCUUUCAGCUUUAGCAAAGGCGUCAAGGGCGACAAUAUAGUGCGCUCCAAGGCCGAUCGUCCGCCGAUAGAUGCAGCAACCAUCGCUACGAGUCCUGAGUUCUUAUUCGGUGUCGUUAUGAUUGGGUCUCUUUGGUAUCAUUAUUCCAGCCGUUCUUCGGCCGUGCUAGUGACAGACCACUGGUGUUCAUGGUUUAAUGAUCGUAUGGUUGGUGCUAGGUCACCACCAAUCCCGACUGGUCCUUGGCUCGGUUCAUCAAAAUCACGUUUCAUCGCCGAGAGCGAAAUAGAUAUCCUUGCAACUACCUGGAGUUUAGCGAGCCGACUUGUUGGCGGUCUCCAACUGACAGGAUACCACCCUAGCUUUGCCGAGUUCUAUUCGAUGAUGGCCUUCCGAUCUGGUCUCUCUCUUGUCGCUUGCGAUGGCUUCGUCGCUACUGAUGUGAUUGUUGUGCUCCAGAUAUCGGCCCAGCUAGCGACUUUGGGGUAUGAUAGUGUGACUGGUGACCCACGUGGAGCAGCCCUUUUCCUUGAUCCUAAGCUAGGCAGAAGUUGGGCAAUGCGCUUUUUGGCAGCGGCUCGUUGGUAUACCCAAUGCUUUCCCACCGCCUGUGGACUGGCUACCAUACCAAGUGGCCUAUAUGCAUACGCAUCUCAUCGGCAUGGGCCAGGAUACUGGAAGUAUGUCCGCCCGCGACUCAUUCAGAGAAGAGGUCAAAUUUCUAGCUUUCAGCUGCCUCUAUGCACCUCUAGCUUUUGGUAUGAUGGCGCACUUGAAGGGUCCCAGCCCCCAUCGCUUCAAACAUGCGAUCACCAUCAUCAACGAAGUAUCUCCGAAUCGCCUUUGAUCGAUCUGAUCAACUCCAUCCAUUCGGCAAUAAACUAUGAGAAAUAUGAUGAUUGGCGAUGCGAAGUUGAUCGAUCCGUCGCCAGCGUAAACUGUUGGCUACAAGAAUUAGGAGAUCAUGGGGACGGCGAUGUUAUGCUUCGAGCGACAGCUGCAGCAGCCCCCGCCUUCCUUGAUUUGAUAUCUGGAACCCUCGCUGCUCUACUGGAGCAUGAUUGA